UACUACCCCUGCACUUACUCUAUUUUUGUCCGUACCACUCUAUAUCUUUCUUCUCCGCCUGCCUCGCAAAAUCCAAUUCGGUUACUGCUGGAAUGCUUCACCACUCAUUUCUCUGAGCUGCCCACGUAGUCCAAAUAGACUUCGCGAUGCCGGCGGCCCUUAGACUCGCCGCCGCCAUCUUUCUCUUCUGCAUCUCGACGAUCUGCUGUCUGGAAGACGGCACCGUCCCUGACUUCAGCAAUGCGUCUCCGGCGGCGUUGCCUUACUUCACCCAAGUCUUUUAUGACCGCUUCUCGAACUUCAGCGAGAGCUUCGCCGUUGAGAUCAGUCAGCAUCUCGGGUUCUGCAUCAAAGAUCCGAAAAAGGACUGGAACGGAGCGUUCAACUUCUCGUCUGAUCUGGAGUUUGUGUCUGAUUGUAUCACUGAUACAGAUGGGGAUUUAACACAACGACUUUGCACGGCAGCGGAAAUUAAGUUAUACUUCAACAGUUUCUUUAUUGAUGGGGGAAACAAUGAUUUCUUGAGGCCUAACAAAAACUGUAAUACGACUUCUUGGGUUUCUGGUUGUGAGCCUGGAUGGGCAUGCAGUGUUGUUGAAGGCCAGAAUGUUCACAUAAAAGAUUCUGCAAACAUACCUUCUAGAACCCAGAAUUGCCGUCCUUGCUGUGAGGGGUUUUUCUGCCCUCGUGGAAUUACCUGCAUGAUACCAUGUCCCUUGGGUGCAUACUGUCCACGAGCCGAACUGAAUACAUCUACUGGUGUUUGUGAUCCAUACAACUAUCAACUGCCUCCUGGGCAGACAAACCAUUCUUGUGGUGGUGCUGAUAGAUGGGCUGAUGCUGGAAGUAACAGUGAAAUAUUCUGUCCUGCUGGAUUUUUCUGCCCCAGCACAGUUAGGAGAGUUUUUUGCAGUAGUGGAUAUUAUUGCAGGAUGGGAUCUAUAUCAGAGAAAAGAUGCUUCAGGAAGAACUCGUGUAAACCAAAUUCUGCCAAUCAAAAUAUUACUCUAUUUGGUGCAUUGUUAAUGGUUGCCUUUGGAACAUCUGUCUUCCUCACUCUGAUCUGGUGGUAUUCGAAUUUUAAGUCCAACUUUGAAAACACCACUGCUCCAUAUAGCUUGUCCAAUAGCUCAUCAAUCACCGGAAUUGGAAACUUGCUUUCAGCAGACAUGCCAAAGGCUGAUAAAGUUUUGGUUGUGGAAAGGGUGAUUGAAUCCUUGGGACUUCAAGCUGUACGAGAUUGCCUUGUUGGGACAGUGGAAAAGCGUGGAAUAUCUGGUGGUCAAAGAAAAAGAGUGAAUGUUGGGCUUGAAAUGGUGAUGGAACCUUCAUUGCUGAUACUGGAUGAACCUACAUCUGGUUUGGAUAGCGCUUCAUCUCAGUUGCUUCUAAGAGCUCUUCGUAGGGAGGCACUUGAAGGAGUAAACAUUUGUAUGGUGGUUCACCAACCAAGCUACACUUUGUUCAAAAUGUUUGAUGAUUUGGUACUGCUAGCAAAAGGUGGUCUGGUUGUAUAUCUUGGGGCCGUAAAGAAAGUUGAAGAUUACUUCGCCGGCCUUGGCAUUGAUGUUCCUGAGCGUGUGAACCCUCCAGAUUACUUCAUUGAUAUUUUAGAGGGCAUAAUAAAACCACCAGGGAUCAAUGUUAGACAACUCCCCCUUAAGUGGAUGCUGCUUAAUGGGAAUUAUGUACCCCCUGACAUGCAGCAGAACCUUAGUACUGUUGACAUUCUGGAAAAGGACUGUGAAGCAAAUGAUUCAAGUGGAAGUGGUGACCAGUCAGCUCCUGGUGAAGUCUGGGAUAACAUGGCUGAUGAAUUUCAGCAUAGAGGAGAACAUUUAGAGCAUAAAUUAUCAAAAGUAAAAGAUUUAUCUAAUCGUAGAACUCCUGGCAUUCUCCAGCAAUACAGAUACUUCCUGGGAAGGGUUGGUAAGCAGCGCUUGCGUGAAGCCAGAAUACAAGGAAUUGAUUUUCUAAUUCUAGGCCUGGCUGGAGUUUGCCUGGGUACACUUGCUAAAGUGAAUGAUGAAUCAUUCGGAGCGGCUGGUUAUACAUACACUAUUAUUGCUGUUUCUCUCUUAUGCAAAAUUGGAGCUUUGAGAUCAUUUUCGCCAGAGAAAUUGCAUUAUUGGAGAGAGAGAUCAUCUGGCAUGAGUUCGUUGGCUUAUUUUCUGUCGAAAGAUACCAUUGACCAUUUCAAUACUCUCGUUAAGCCUAUUGUUUACCUCUCAAUGUUUUAUUUCUUCAACAACCCAAGGUCAUCAAUAUUGGACAACUAUGUCAUCUUGGUUGCGCUAGUUUACUGUGUUACUGGAAUUGGUUAUGUUUUUGCCAUUUGCUUCAAUCCAGGUUCUGCUCAACUAUGGUCAGCACUUCUUCCUGUUGUCUUGACUCUGAUAGCUACACAGCAAAGAAAUUCAAAGCUUUUGUCUAAUUUAUGCUACUCUAAGUGGGCGCUGGAAGGAUUUGUAAUAGCAAGUGCAGAAAGGUAUUCUGGCGUGUGGUUGAUUACCAGGUGCGGCUCUUUAAUGAAAUUUGGUUAUAAUAUUCAUAACUGGUAUCUCUGUGUAAUUGUCCUCUUUGCAUAUGGCUUAGUUUCCCGCUUUAUAGCCUUUGUUUGUAUGGUUACUGUCCUGAAAAAAUGAUGCUCUGAAGAAAUUACACCUUCUCUAUAAUUCUUCAUGUGUACAAAUCAAAUGAAAUUAUUUGAAAUUGUUAUUGAAAGCCAGUCGCAAACUACAGUCUCCAAAUAUUUAUUUCAAUUUGUUGAAAGAAAAUGUAGGCCAUACUUACCAACAUAAUGAAGUGAUACAGUGCUUUUUGGUAUUCA